AUGUAUUCUUCGAUAUUAACCUUACCCAUAUUCCUGUAUAAUUUACUAGAUGCUGCCCGUUCACCAGAUCCUCCAGUAUUUACCGAUGUACAACGUUACCCAUGUAUUUGUUACCUCCCACCAGACUCGGGGCUAUGUCCAACCGAAGAAACGAACGAUGAUACAAUAGACAGGGAUAAACUACAGGUGCGCUAUUACUUCGACCCAGUUACCGAAAAAUGUUAUCCAUUUGGUACUCAGAACUGCGGCGGUAAUGAAAAUCGUUUUGAAAACAUUGCUAAAUGUCAGAGUGUUUGCACAAAACAUAAAUAG